CGCUGUGACACAGCAGACGUCUCGCGGACGCACAUUCGUCGUUGGGUUGGUUGGAUGCAGUGGUGAUUCAUUGGACCAAAUUGGACAAUUGGAGUCUGCUACUGUGUACCACUUCAACCCUUCUUCUUCGUGUGCAAUCCUUGUAUCCUCAGUAUAUCCCCCUGCUGGAGCCGCUGCACAAUGUCUGAUGACUUGCACCCGUCGGACGACAAUGACAUUGAGAAAGUAUUCAACUUCCCAUAUCUGAGUGAUGCUGUCGCUGUCCAGUUCCUCAACGACCAUGGUCGGGUGUUCUUCAUCGUACGUGGCCUCCCGGGUACAGGAAAAAGCGUCCUGAGCACGAUGCUUAUGGAGCGAUACCCAACGCACAAGAUAUAUUGGGCAGACAAGAUGUUUAUGACCCCAGUUCCUAUUCCGCGAACUCCCGAUACUCUCAGGGAGUCCCACAAACUCUGUCACGAGAAAAUAGAGGGUUUCAUGCAGAAGAAUGUGCCAGUAAUUAUCAACCGCAGCACCAAUGUCAGGGUUAGCGAAGUAUCGAGAUACCUGCUACUUGGCGUAAAAUAUGGCUACACCACCAUUCUUGCCGACACCAGUUACAAGUUCAGCAUUGUCCCAGAGGAACUUGCUGCUACCAACACAAAGAGAUUGAACCUAGAUUAUAUGAAGAAACGGUGCGCCCAAUGGCAGAACGUGUACCCCAUCUAUACGGGCUGGUUCUUGUGUCCCAGUGAUGCUCUCUUCCUCUUCAAGCGUUUCAGUCACAUCUUAGAUCUGCUAAAUAAAUCAGGGUGGAGCCCACCAAAAGUGCUGCACCAAGAGGGUCAACCGUUUUGCCUUGGACGACGAUGCUGGUUUGGCAUUGCUUCAACUGAAAAGGAAUACUGUGACUCCAAAGAGGUUAGGGAUGCAUAUGGGUCAGUACACACACUCAAAGUCGUGGGAUAUGCUAUAACUCACGAGUUCGUCGUUGCCAUGGUAAUGCUCGAUGAAGGUCAGGCCCGACUUCUUGGACAUCGUGAUGCUGAUGACAAUGAUCAGUCAGUCAGUGACCUCUUUUCCGGGCUCAGCGUCAAGGACUGGCAACCUACGCGCUGUGAAGUCGAACUCUCGGAUGUUGUAGAGGAUGAUGAGGAUGAUCAAGAUGAAGACACUCCUAUAACUGGUGGAGUUGAAAAUAUCGUUGCUAGUGAUGCUGUUAGCUUUGUUAUCCUGGGUUCUUGCUCUGAGGACCCCAAGGUUCCACUUUCGGCUUCGAAGGAUCUGCCAGGAAUGUGGAAGGCGCUCUGUGAGAAGAUGUCGAUCUCGGAACGUGGGGUCAUGUGUGAAGAAAAAAUUAGUGUUGGUGAUGCAGUCGCAUACAGAGCACAUCAGGACUACUUAAUUUUGGACAAGGGAGCUGAACUGGAGGGUGUUUUCACCGGUUACUAUCAGCCCUACGAUACCAAAAUCGAUCAACUCUGUAGAAACUUCGCAAGAACUGGCAAGUGCAGAUUUGGGAACAGCUGCUUCUUCAAGCACGAAAGGACCGUCACAUAUGUUCCCGCAACCUUCGAAUAGCAGUAUCUGUGUGCUGCUCUACAUACCUGGUUUUGUAAAAACAAAAUGUUUAUUAUUAAAGCGCCGUUGAACAUAAAAGGA